GUGUGGGUGAAGGACACCACCUCUCGCUCCUGCGUUCUCAGGCGACGGCCAGAGCGGCGGGGCUUCUCGCUCCGGCAGCAGCGGCGACCGCGGCGGCGGCUUCCGGAGUCCCGCCGCGAAGAUGCUCAAAGUCACGGUGCCCUCGUGCUCGGCCUCGUCCUGCUCUUCGGUCACCGCCAGUGUGGCCCCGGGGGCCGGGAGCCUCGUCCCGGAUUACUGGAUCGACGGCUCCAACAGGGACGCUCUGAGCGAUUUCUUCGAGGUGGAGUCGGAGCUGGGACGGGGUGCUACAUCCAUUGUGUACAGAUGCAAACAGAAGGGGACUCAGAAGCCUUAUGCUCUCAAAGUCUUAAAGAAAACAGUGGACAAAAAGAUUGUAAGAACUGAAAUAGGAGUUCUUCUUCGCCUCUCACAUCCAAACAUUAUAAAACUUAAAGAGAUAUUUGAAACUCCUACAGAAAUCAGUCUGGUCCUAGAACUCGUCACAGGAGGAGAGCUGUUUGACAGGAUUGUGGAAAAGGGAUAUUACAGUGAACGAGAUGCUGCAGAUGCUGUUAAACAAAUCCUGGAGGCCGUUGCUUACCUACAUGAAAACGGGAUUGUCCAUCGUGAUCUCAAACCAGAGAAUCUUCUCUAUGCAACUCCAGCCCCAGAUGCACCACUCAAAAUCGCUGAUUUUGGACUCUCCAAAAUAGUGGAACAUCAAGUGCUCAUGAAGACAGUGUGUGGAACUCCGGGCUAUUGCGCCCCCGAGAUUCUUAGAGGCUGCGCAUAUGGACCUGAGGUGGACAUGUGGUCUGUAGGAAUAAUCACCUACAUCUUACUUUGUGGAUUUGAACCAUUCUAUGAUGAAAGAGGCGAUCAGUUUAUGUUCAGGAGAAUUCUGAAUUGUGAAUAUUACUUUAUCUCCCCCUGGUGGGAUGAAGUAUCUCUAAAUGCCAAGGACUUGGUCAGGAAAUUAAUUGUUUUGGAUCCUAAGAAACGGCUGACUACCUUCCAAGCUCUCCAGCACCCAUGGGUGACAGGUAAAGCAGCCAAUUUUGUACACAUGGAUACGGCUCAAAAGAAGCUCCAGGAAUUCAAUGCUCGGCGCAAACUUAAGGCAGCAGUGAAGGCGGUGGUGGCCUCCUCCCGGCUGGGAAGCGCCAGCAGUAGCCACGGCAGCAUCCAGGAGGGCCAGAAGGCCAGCCGAGAGCCCUCUCCAAUCCACGAUGGCAGUGCAGAUGUUAAAGCUGCUCCAGAAGAAGAGAAAGUUCAGGGAGAUGGGGCCCACGUGGCAGCCGAGAAGGCAGAGGCUGAGCUGGUGAAGGUGCAGGCCGUGGAGGAAGUUGAAGAUGCUGCUAUCAAUGCUGGAGAGGCCACCAAGACGGUGCCCGAGGCACUGAAGGAUGGGAUCAAGUUGGCUGACCCACAAGUGGAGGAAGGCCCAGCAGAGGAGAAGCUGAAGACUGUGGAGGAAGCCGCAGCCCCCAAAGAAGGGCAAGAAAACCCUGCUCUGGGAUUUGGAGCUCAGCAGAAUGAAGUGAUCCUGCCAGAGUACUAGGUUGGCUUCCUCCCAAUCAGGAAGCCAAAUCCUCGUACUUGAUGCAUUUUGUCCUUCAGCAAGGAAGGUGUGGAAGCAUGAUAUGCACUAUAGUGAAUCUGUUUUUGAGGUGCAAAAAAAUACAUAUAUAUAUCAGUUGGUAAUCCUAACUUCAAUGCAUGUGACUGCUUUAUGAAAAAAUAGUGUCUUCUAUGGUAAGUAAUGGAUACCUAAUACCGAUGAGUUAAAUUUGAAAUUGCAAGUAAACACAACAUAACAUUUAAAAACAUGCAUUUUCAGGGACCAAUAGCACACAUUUGAAGUAAAUGUUAACAAAAGUUACUUUGCUUUGAAAACCUAACCAUCCUAUACUCUUUCAAUUUCCUCACAAGGCAGUUGGUCAUCCCUUUGACCUGUUCCUCAGCUGGUACUAGGCAGUGCUCUGACAUGUGUUCCUGUGCCAUUCAUAGUUUACUUAUCAUGUGUUCAAAUUGUUUACAAGGAUAUGGUUAUACAUUGUGUACAUAUAUUCACAUUUGGUAUGUGCAAAAAAAAAAAAAGAAAUUGAAGCAUACUUUAAGGGCCAUGAAACCAUAUGCUCCAAAGCUUGUGUGAAAAAUGCUUUUUUAUUUUGUCCUUAUUUAUAUAAACUAUAUUACUAGUAAGAUGGCUUUCUGAUAGACAACACUUAGGGAGAAAUAAAGAAUUUUAGGGAAGAAAAGCUGGUAAGACUAGGACAAGGCCAGGAAUUAGAAUAACAGAUUGAUUCCUUGUCAUUUUUCAAAUAAAAUUGGAUUUAUUAAUAAGUUUGUACAACUUUAAGAAUAGGAGCAUUUUUAUAGAUAAAGUCUAUAAUUACUGAGUUUCAAAUAUUUAGAAAAAUCCACCCACAGGCUGGUGCCAAAAUGUCUGAAUAGAGUAGAAAGAGUAUUCCAAUAAAAGAUCAUUCACUAUUGACUUUACUAGAAUAAGAAAAUUUUUGUUUAUAAAGUAUUUUUCCACUUCAAUUGUUAGUUAGGUAUACUGCUUAUAAACUAAAGAUAUUUCUGAAAAGCUAGUAUAUCUUUUUCUCACACUUGGAAUAGAAGCCCACAUUUCACAAUGUUGUUUAGAAAGUCUUCAUGUCAAUUUAGGACAGUGCAACUUUUUAUUUACCUUAAAAAACAAAAAGAAACAAAGAAAAAAGCACUGAUUUCAAGUCAGACUUGAGAAGCUGUAACAUUAGACCUGAUACUUUUCUAUGAUUUUUUUCCAAAAUAUAUUUCUUUGAUUUUCAUAUCAAACACUCUUUCCUUAUAGAAAUCAUUAAAAUUCCAAGUACCUCAGACUUAUUUCUAGUUUGAAAUGAAAUAAAAAUUUUUAUGAAAUCUUUAUACAUCACAUUUUAGUAUAUUUCCUUAAUUUCAAAAAGAAUUAUAUUCAAAAUACAAGAUGAUAGACAAGAAAAAUGACUAUCACAUAAAAAUCCUCAUCCAAAAAAAGAGAUCUUAAAUUCUUUUGCCUCUUCCUCACCACAAUUAAAUUGGAAAAUGAAAUGAAAUCUCUGGUUUCUGGGGGCACUUGAACCUGGGUUGGCUUUCUGCUUUCCAAGCACAAAUCUUCAUUUCCUGCUAUUCUUCAGAGAAGAAAGCAAGGUAGGAUUUCUUGUCUUUCAUAUUUCAGGGGCCUGACAGAUUACUGACAUGGAAGAUAGGGCCCUUAAUUAAGUCACAUCAUCUGGGCUCAGAGGAAGAUUAUUUUUUGUUUUAUUUUAUUAACUAGUAGAGAGUACUUACUUUCUUCUGUGUUUCUGUCCUUCUUUAUUCUCUCUCAAAAUUUCCAUUUUAGUUAUUAUAAGGGGCUCACUAUUUUUAACCAUUAAGAAUGAAUUUUUUACUAAGCAUUAAGACUUUCAUUUAAAAAGAUCAGUUGAUAUAAUUUCCCCAGUGAGACUUAACAGGUAUAUACAGUAAAUGCCCUGUACAUUACAAACAGGAAGAAGAGUGGGAAAGAGCUCUUAUUAGAGAGUGGUAAUUAGAAAGAUCAGAACAUAUUGUCCCUCCCAGCCCAUGCCCAUGUUGUUCCAAGGACAGUUCUACCAUUCCAGCACUCAGGGCUGACUUCAGUGGUGGGCCCUGUGGACUAUGAGGAUAACACUGUAAAUGCCAAGGCCAACAUGUGUAUAAGAGUUUUACUUAUUUAAAUGAGUACACAUGCCUGUUCCUUGGUGAGUACCUGAGGGUGUCAGGGUAAUUUCCUUUGUUGUUGUUGUUGUUUUUAAUCUGUAAAUUGCACUCUUUAAAAAAUCAGUGAGAGUUUUAAAUUUUGACUUGUGUUAAAGAUUAGGUCCUGAUAAUGCCUAAAUAGUGGCUAAUUUAGUCAUUUCAGUGGAAAACAAGUCAAACUUUCAUAAAAAUUGGUCAUUCCAGCCAAGAGACUAAAAAAAAAAUCAUAGAAAUACAACCUAAGGAUAACUGAGUUAAUGUUUUGAAAGAACAGCAAGCAUUUAUAUAAUAUUUAUGGAAAGGAGAUACAUUAUUUUUCUCAAAGAUUACUUAGCUAAAUAAUUACUUGGCUAAAGCAGAUAAAGCUUUAAUUUGAUAUACUACUUCACAAUGUUACCCCUAAUUGACAACAGUCAAAUUAUAUUUAAAGCAAAAGACUGAAGGAAAUUUUUGCAAAGAACAAUAAAUUAUGUUUUGCAUUUUAGAGCUGACAGUUAUCAUAUUAUAUUACUGAUUUUUGUUUUCAGAUAAGUUCAGAUAUACAACAUAACCUAGGCUACUUCACCAUGAAGGAAAGCAAUCUUCAUCUCUCCCCUUCAAAGAAACUAAUUGGAAUCCCAGUGACCAAACUAUAAGAGCUCAUUCAUUCCAUGAUUACGUAAAUAAGGUAGAAGUUAGAAUAAUACAGUCAUAAAAGUUAUCAUCUAGAACAAGUGCUCUCUGAUAUACAUACGAUGCAAGCCACAUAUGUAAUUUUAAAUUUUCUCUUAGCCACGACUUUUUAUUUUUUAAAAAAUAGAUACAAUUAACUAUUUUAAUCCAAUAUAUCCAAAUUAUUAUUCCAACAUAUCAUCAACAUGAAAAAUUAAUACUUUAAAUUUUUAUUUUUAUACUAUUUUCAGAAUCAGGAGUAUAUGUUGUACCUUUAGUAAAUCAAGUGCUUAAUAGCUACAUGUAGCUAGUGGCUACUGUAUUAGAACAGCGUUGUUCUAGAGUAUUUUUUAAGGAAAAUGACCCAUGAAUUUCUAUGCUUAGAUUACAGCUGCCUCAGUUUUCCACAUGGAUGUGUUGGUAGGAGGCCAAAAGGAAAAUGUUUCAGACAUGUCAUAAACUGAAACAAGUCAAGCCUCUGCUGACCACUUCUGCUUAUUCAUGUGCUUCAGAGGAGUGUUUCCCAGCAUGACUUUUAGAGAACCAUACUUUCCUGGGCAUUGCUAAAUUGUCUGCUGGCCACAGUCCCUCUCAUCCCUUUGGGCCCUGGAAUCUUGACUACCGGCUGGUCUCUCCUUAGUGCUGCCAUGAAGCCCGUAGUGUUCUUGUGGACCCAUAUUCACUGUGGGUGAACCAUGGGUCCCCAUUGAGGAAGGCCUGCACAGAGAAUCUUAAUAGGAUUUUGUAGGCCUGGACUAGACUGGCAACUUUUUUGUGUUGCAGACAGUAGUUCUUUUUAGAAUUCUACUCAAACAUACCAAAUUUACAUGAUGAAGGUCGCGCAAUGAGGAUAAGAGCCUCCAAAUGUGCAUAUGACCAUCAGCCAGCAUCUUUUAAGUUUUCUUAGAAAACCUGCCAUUACACAUGCAUUCGAAAGACUUUUGGAUAUUUCUUACAUACUGCUGUUUUAAAAUAAUUCUCAAGGUUCUAUAGCCAUUUUUAGUGGCAGACUUAAAAAGAAAGAACAGUUUGCCUUUUACCGUGUCUUCAAUUACAUAGCAUUUUAAACAUAUUUUGUAAUUUAGCAUGUCUAGCAAUCCUUAUCCCCAAUUUCACAUGCAAGGUAAUGGCGUGUGUGUUGCCUACACACUGAAGAUUUAGAGAGAGCCAUUUUGUUUCAUAAUUUCAUAAUUUAAUUUUUUUUCACAGAAGCAUCUGGUUGCAUUUCAAAUUGGAAAAAUUAAAAAUGCCAGAAAAGGCAAAGAACAAAGUUAGUAAACUAUUUAUCCUGUUUUAAGAUUGUUCUUGCAAAAAUAUGCAGAAACAAAAAAGUCAACAAAGUGAAUCAGUACUGGGUUUUUCUUGAUGAAGGUUAACUCCACAUAUAAUUGACAUAAAUAUACUAAGCAGAGUCAAUUACAUAAUUACAAUGCCAUUAUGUAAUUUACUUGUCAUUACAGAGUAUUCAGUGUACUACUUUAGAAGGUGAAAAGUUUACAGACAUUUACCUACAUAAUAGAAUUUUAAAUCCUUGUGAUUACUGCCUAUUAGGUCAUAUCCCAAUUUUCUUAAUGCUCAUCGCUGAUACGUUUCUGAUCAGGGUUAUGGCUAACAUCUGUACACUUCCUGGUUAAAUACUGCACACUGGUUAGACUCUGUGUGUGUCUUCAGUGUUUUUUUAAACAUUUAUGCACAUAUAAUCUCACUAUUUGUACAAUAUGCAUAACCCCAUGAUAAGCAGAAACGUACCCAAUAAUUCUCUAUAAUUUUUUUUCAAAGUCCUUUCCUUCCCCUGAAACAACUUGGGAAUUUUCUGAUUCCUUGACAAAUGGGAAAAGAAAAAAAUAAAAGACCACGGGAAAGAUAUCAGCUAUCCACCCAUGGCAAACAAGUUCAGCAUUUUCUCUUUCUAUAUUCUGAUAUGGUAAGGACCAAGUUUUGUCAUUACUACACCUUUCAGAUAUCACCUGACAUCAGAUGAUAAUGAUGGAUAUUUCAUUUCACAUCAGCUCACAAAUUCCAACCAUUUAUAUACUUGCCUUGGAGAGCAAUAACAAACAACUAAUUUAUGCUUCCUUGUUUAAAAUUCCAAUUCCUAAAUGCCUGUGAUAUACUUGAGAGGAUCGGAUUGCUUGAUUUGGACUUCCUUCAACUCUCAGCUUUUUCUCUGUCACCUGGCCCAGGGGUCCACCUAGGGCAGCAUGGAAGUCUUCCCAUGACAACGGACCACCCGACUCCUUCCCAGGAACCAGACAUGACUCUAGAGAAGACUCCAGGCACCUGACCUGGUUCAGCUCAAGUGAGCCAAGUGGAAGAAAACCUCUUCCCUUGCUCCGAGUGAAAGUGAUGCUGGUGAAUAUCGGUGUAUUGCCAUUACUCCGUACUGAGAAAUGGGAUUCCACUAAUCAUGUGCGCUUCCCAAUACCUUGGUUCACUACCACUUGUCCCAGAUCUUUGUUUCACUCCAUCUCUCUGGCCAUCAGGCCGCCCUCGAGGACUGUGAAAUCCUCUCUAAAACCCUGAAAGGAGCCUCCUGCGCUGGCUGCAGAAAUGCGGGGCCCUUGGUAGCCCAGAAUUCAGUUUGAAACAAAACAGAAGUGAUAAAACUGUAAAAUCACACCAUUCUUUUUAGCACGUUUUGAAGAAAUGUUGAUGUGAAUAUCUUGACCUGGAAAAUCCACAAAUAUGGAAUACUUAUAUCCAUGGAAUAUUUGCUGGGGUUCAUUGUAUUAAAGAUGACAGAUAUUUCAUUUCAGUAAGAUUAAAUAAUAAUCUUUAUUGUCCAUUUAAAAGAUCAUUUCAAGCUACUCGAGUGCAACAGGAUCACGUAAGAAUUUUUGAAAGCUGUUUUUCUGUCUUUUCAGGGAAAAGAAAAAAGAAAGCUGUUUUUUCUCCUAAGCACUCUCACUCUGACAAUCAGUUGUGGAUGAUAAACGGUUUACUAGGUUUCUUCUUUCUUUGUCUUUUCCUUGAUACCUGUAUAGUAGUUAAUCUGAUCUGUAAAUGAUACAAGUGAGUAUGACUGUAAGUUGAAAACUGUCAUCUCCUAACUGCCUCCUUUAACCUGACCUAUUUCAGAGCCUAUCAUGCAGGCAUUAUGCAGUAGCAGAGGUUCAGACAGCAUAUUCAUGAGUUACAAUUCCAUCUACAUUUAUAAUGUCAAGGUUAUUAUUUAUGUCAGAAGUCCCUAAGCUGUUUCUAUUCACACGUCUCAGUAAUACCGUCAUAUCCCUCUAAAGCCACAAGAAUUACCUAACAUGCCCAUUUAUUAGGUAGUUGGGUCCAAACGAUAUAAUAGAACUGCAUUCCAUGUCUGACAGAUAUUGCUCUGUUUCCCUUGAAAUUUUAAAAUUCCCUGAGUUCACUGAGUGGGAACAGUAGACGGGGUGUAAGUGAUGCCUUAUGCCCCGUGAACUCACAGUAUCAGGGAAAGGGAUUAUUAGGGAAGGAGUUAGGGGCUUUUGUUUAUACUCUUUCUUAUUUGAAUGCCAAUCAUCCUUUUAUCUAUGGCCUUUGUGAUAUACAUAUAAAACAUAUGUGCAUUUUUUAAAAAGUAAUUUUCACAUAAAUGCCUGAGGAAAUAAAUUUAAAUCUCCAAAGAUCAGUUUUCAGAAGUUAAGCAAACUAUGGUUCACAGACCAAAUCCACCAGAGACCUGUUUUUUUUUUAAAUAAAAUUUUAUUAAAACAUGACCAUUCUCAUUUAUUUAUACAUUGUCUGUGGUUGCUUUCAUGCUUCUGGUACAGAGUAGUUUCAACAGACACCAUAUGGUCCAGAAAAGCCUAAAAUGUUUAUCUGACCCUUUACGUUUAAAAUUGAAUGAAAAACAAAAACAAAAAACCCUAGUUCAUGGUACUCCAUGCCUUUUGGUGACAUGCAGGAAAACAGAAUCCCAUGCUCCAGAUUUCUUCUCCUUAGCUUGAGGUUCUUAUUCCCAUUUGUUUCUUAGGAAGUUAGGGGAGCUUUAUUUCUGUUGCAGAUGGUCUCACCACAAUGUUUGUGCUGGAAGUAAAACUGGGCAAAAUUUUCCUAAGGAACUAAAAAUUCAAAAUUGCAUCAUUCCUGAAAAAAAAAUUUAGACUAUGAAGUGACUUGGGUGAGAGAGUAAUUGAAAAGAUUUCUGGCACUUUGAGCAUGUUUUAGAAAUUUGAUCCUUACAUUUAAAACCAUGUAAAUGAUAUCUUACACUGGUAUUGGUUCACACUGAAGUCAAUCUGGAGCUCUUACUUAGUAAGCUAAGAAAUAAGAGAGCCCUUUGGUUCUGAAUCCUUCAGAAUAUUUGCAAGUAAUUUAUAUCAAUUGGAUUUUCACUUAAUCAUUUUUAGGAAAUAAUGUGCCAUGUUAUGUGACAUUCUGUGACAAUGACUUGCUCAUCGAUAGCUCAGGGAGCAGGCAAGUCUUGUAAGUCUAUGUAAGGCUACUUUUCAAUCCCCAUGUUUUUCUGAGUAUUAUAAUUUCAUUUCUUUGAAAAGAGGGGGCCUUGAAAAAAUGCUUCCCUUUACUGUUCUUAUAUAUUUAGAAACCCAAGAAGGGCCCUUCUCUUAGUCUAUUUUCGUCAUAGAGAAAUUAUUUGUUCCAUAGUAUCUGCCUUAAGGGAAGCAGGAGACCCAGAUAUUGAGAGAUGUAGGUAUGCAUGACCUUUGUGUUUGACUUUGAACAUCUGCAGCCAAAGGUUACAAAUGAGAUAUUGAGUAGAAAGCCCUAUUAUCAGCUUUAGGAACACCUAAAAUUAUACCAUGACUCUAAUGAGAUAACAUUCUGUCUUCUCUAAACUGUUGCAGCAAUUAAUAAUAUGAUGGAACUGUUACCAGGAAAGACCUGGUUCUUCUUGCCAACGAUGUAAAGAAUUACAGAUCAGCAAAUUUGUUAGUGUGCAAGCAGGGUGUGUUGGUGGUAUGUUCUCAUGGAAGACAACAGGCCCUGUUGAGGUUGGGGGUGGGGUGGAACAGGUUCAGGGCAAAGCAGGGCAAGGGCUGCCAAAGGCUGGGGUGGCAAGUGCACCCGGUCCUUUGUUCUGAGGCCUUGCCAGGAUGGCACUGACGAUGGUACAUAUUGACUGAGAGGUAAAGGUGGUACCAGCUUUGGGGAGGGGGUUCUGAAUACCCAAAGGUGUUAAUGUACUUCUGCAUUUGGGCACUGUGAGCCCUUUCUAGCUUUUGAGGCCUUGGGAUGAAAGCACACAAUUGCAAAUGCUUUCUUUCCCAGGUAGUGGAGACAAUCAUAGAAUUUCAAGGGCUUCCCUCCUUCCUGCCUUGGUUUCCCUUCUGGCCACUCAUUCUACCAUUAACACAACCACGGGGACACACUGUAGAACUCAGGAAAAAAGACCAAUUGUCUGCCAGCUCCUUGUGAUUGAUGUGUGUAGGAGGGAGGCAAUUAGAAUGGAAGAGGGAAAAGAUAAAAGUGGAUUACGAUUCCACAUUCCUAAUGCUCAUUCAUCUUAAUUGCUCAGUUUGAAGGCAGUUGUCAAUGUAUUGAAAUUAACAUUUUUACAUUUCUCUCAAUAUCUGGAUCACCUACUUCCCUUAGAAAUGCAUAGACCAAAGUCAAUAGCUAAUUUUCCUCUCAGAACCGUUUUAAACAGUGGAGUUUAGGGGAUAUUACGCCUGCAUUCCAAGCACACUUCAAGGACAUGAUUUGCUAAUGUUGAAGCUUCCAGGGGUAGCCCAUCCUAGGAACCCAUUUUCUCUGUAGACUUUCACUGAGACAGUUCUGCGCAAUGAAGGAGUCAGAGAUGAAUUCAGCUACACUAGAAGUGAGCUUUGUAGCUGGAGACAAGUAUACAUACAUAGCCUGUGCUACAUUUACGCAGGGAGUAAGCCCCCUAGGGAUGGAAAGAAAAAAAAAAAAGCUCCUUUCUGCCUGGAAUGAUCAAGGAAAGCUUCAUGGGAAUAUGGGCUGGAUUUGAAGAACGGAGAGUGUCUUUGCAGGUAGGGCAGAGGAAGGGGCAAGUCUGGCUGAGAAAUCCAGAGUGAAGAAAUGCAAGGCAAAGUGGUGAAGGAACAUCUUAGGUUGAAAGGCUGAAAUCUAAGGGAAGUGCUGCUAAGUCUGCACAAGAGACUCCGGUCUUGUGCAAAACUGAAUUAGACAGACCUCCUCCCUCCUUUCUUAUUCUGGUAGACACUGUGCACUUCCUUAGAGUACCGAGCCCUCUGUGACCUCCUACGUACUUCACUACCAGAUAAUCUGGCACAUCCCUAAGCAGAAUAAAAGUCACUCAAGACUGUAAAGAAAUUUUUGCAAGUCACCAUUUGAAGCGAAGACUGCAUUGGCUUAGUUACAUCUCCACUGACAAAGCAGAGUAAUGACAGUGAUUAUCUGAGUAAGUCAUGCAAAACUCCACUAUCUGUAUAACUCUCUGUGACUCUGGAAGUAGCCUAACGGCUUCCUAAAGCUUUGCCAAUGGAGGCCCACAUCAAGGUUACUUCUGCUGUAGUUAUUUUAACCCUUCAAAAAUUAUCUGACCUGAAAAGGCAAUCCCUGCAGGAGUUGAGAUGGAUUUAUACCUGCAAGUUUAGACUUCAAAAGAUAACAUGUACAAAAAAAGCUAAGUCUCAGAUGAUGAAAUUUAAAAUGUUCACAACUGUCCUCAAACAUCAAGCUCAUCCUGUCAGGUCCUUACUUCUUCACCCUUAUCUUGCCCCUUUACAAACCCUUCUAUAAAUCCCUUUUUAUACCAUUCAUUGCAGGCAGUAUUUCACAUCCAUCUUCAAAAAAAAAAUUUUUUUUAAUAUUUACCAAUUAGAAUCAGAUUACAGCAUGUAUAUUUUCCGCUGUUGGGCCACCUUACUUGUUUUGGACCAUGUCUGCGAUUGGAAAUGGCUGCAUUACUCCUCAGGGCAAGUGAAGGAAGGAACAAAGGUUGACUAUCAUUUGAGUGAAUAGAAGCAAAGCGAAGACAUAAGGGACUGGGAGCAUUCAGAAAAUACAACUUAGCAGAGGCUGAGAAAGGAGUGCUUUCUACUAGGGUUUUUCAGGCUCUUGUAGCGUUAUUGUGUAGGUCUUUUUGUACAGGAGAAAUCUGUACUGCUGGGUUGUCAAAAGUUUACUGGCCUAAAGGGAUAUAAGCAUCUCAGGAGAAGUAUAGAGGAUUAGAUGAAUGGAUCGCAUUCUAUACAGGACGCCUAUGUCUCCAGUAGCUUAAACUGCAAGUCAUUAGCGAAAAACAAGUGCAUAGAGGGCUUGGAGGACAAGAAAAAAAGUGUAAAUAAUAAUAUUAAGUUUACACAGCCAAGAUUAUAG